AUGAACUCAAAAGUUGUUGUAUUUUCGAUAGCUCUAUGCGGCGCUAUCUAUAGUCAACCGCUCGCGACACCGGAAGGUAAGCGAUCUGAAUUUUUUAGGACUUCUCAAGGUUCCAAAACAAAAAAACGAAACUUUCAACUUUACCACUUUUUAGAAUCUUCAGAAGCACAAUUUGAUAUUAAAAUCGUGAAAAGAACAAUAAACGCGGCUUGAAAAUAUUCCGCAGUAUCCUACGUUCUGUUCCUCUCGUCAGCGGUGAAUCGGCUAUAUUGAAUACAAAAAGUAGAAAAUUUGUGUUAAUUCUUCGAAAUCGGCCUUGUUAUGUACAAUCUAUCUUAUUUUCCACCUCAAAGGAAAAACUGAUUUCACAUUCUAAAGCCUCGGCUUUUAGCCAAUUACUCAAGAUAUAGAUAAGAUAAUCCCUCCCUCGCAUGAUUCCUUUACCCUUACGGAUAAAGUUCAAAACUAAUCUGGUUCACCUUUAUCAAAGUUUAAAGAAAGAGAAACAUUUUCUUUUUGUGAAUUAUUAGUUUGAUCGCGAAUAACUUCCUCGUUGAACGUUCACGUCAGUUUUUUUUCAGUGAAAAAAAAGUUAGAAAGGGCUAAUUUAAAAAAAAGAUUUUAACACUUUGAAAAGUAAGAACCGUCUUAAAAUCACAAGAACUUAAGAAAAGGUUUUAAAAAAAAAUUUUUUCUCUACAUCGAAAAUGAAAUCAACAGAUUUAGCACUACGCACCUGAUAGCAUCACCUUAUCAAGAUAUUUUGGGAUAUAUUGUUUUAUUAUGUUCAAGAGAUCAAAUUACCUGACGUUUUCGGCUUUUGAAUCAACUGAACCACUUCUAAAGAAAACGUCAAAAAAAGUUCAAAUAGUUCUGGCACGACAAAAAUUCAUGGCGUGUUCAUCGUAGAAACGGAACAUGCUUCAAAACGAAAAAUCGUGUUCAUCGGAGCGCCAAACUUACUUACUUAGAUACUUAAAUGGUCCAUCUUCGCUUUCGACCUUUUAUUGUCUUUUAUUGAUCGAAGCGUGGACCACACGUUUUCCAGGAGGUCUUAUGCAAUCGAUCAUCCAGUGUUGUCGUCCUGGUUGACUGGUAUUCUUGCGAAAAAGUUCCACCCAUGGUGUUGAACGUGUUAUAGCAUAAUUGUGGUCUGAUAAUCUUUUUUGCCUUGCCAUGGCUAAAAAAAGACCGCCCAUUCUGUUAACAGAAGCAGGCCGAACUGCGUGACCGGUGUACCGUUAGCCGCCAUAAAUGGCGUUGCCUCCUCAUCAACGCCUAGAGAUGGUACUUGAAAGGGUGCCAAAGUUGGUGUAAAACAGUACUAACUUUUGUUUUGGAGCAUUUUUUUUUGCGUUUCGAAGCAAUUUUCGUUUUGUCCAAUGAACACGCCAUCAAUGAAUCUCACAAUUAGUAAAAUAAAAUGCAAAAGGAAGGCGUUUAGAUGAUUAUUCUGUAUUUAUCACCGCAAACUAGUGAUAAAUGAAGUAAUAUUUCCUGUCAAUAUCGCAAUUUUUAUUAAGAGAUUGAGAUGACACACAAAAAAAACCUGAGCUUUGAGAAGAGAUAUUUUUUAGUGGUAUGUUUUAUUCUUUCUGUCUGACGUUGCAAUAUUUCUGCUUACGUAGCCUUCAAAACCAGUGUUUCUAUAAUAAGAUAAACGUGAAACUGACGAAACGCCAGAAACAUUCGCUCCGAUUCGGUUAAAAAGAGGCGAAGACGUCAUGUCCUUGCUGCUUCUGACAUCCCACGGGUUGGCUCGUAAUCAGUUUGAACUCUGAAAAAGAACAUUUUCCUGGAAAUGGCUCAUUUCAAUAAAACUAAGUAGAAAAGAGAACCCAAAACUUUCAGAUAAAGACUGUUCGGCGACCGACUGUCAGGAAAGUCCGCUCGCCACGAACCGAUUCAACGAUAACAAGUUCGCCAGUUUGUUCCGGAGGCUCAUAUCGAAAAACCCUGGUUUGUGAAUUACAUAAGUUAGCUUUGAACGUACCUACGGUUAAAAAAAUAUUCCAAUACCUAAAAAAAAUGAUAUUCCAAUACCUAAUUUUGAUUUAUUUUACUUGAUAUGUAUUUAAUCAUAAUUUUUCAGUUGAUUUACCAUCUUGUCAAGUCGAUGAUGAUUGUCCUCCGGAAUACGCAUGCUACGAGCCGACGUCGCGCUGCCGUUCUCGUAAGAGGAUCAUAAACAUUUAUAGUCGCUGGUGA